AUGGCAGCUCAAGUGUUAAAUAAAACUUAUAGGGCAUUCAUGAUUUUAACUUUAUUUACAAUGAUUUGUUCGAUACAAGUUUCUGAUUCAAUCCCAAGAGAUGUGUGUAUAAAAGAUUGUGUCAUAAAUCAAUGCAUGAAAGCAUCAAAAAAAGCAACUCCAGCAAUUUGUGACAACCCGUGCCAGAUCAUUUGUGAUCCAAUGAAUAAUGAGCGAUACAUUACCCCCAGUCAAGGUUAUCGAAAUCCUGUAAAAAGGUUUUGUGAAACAUUUACUUGGAUAUGUCAGUAA